CAGCGCUCCCUUGCGGCGACGGCUGAGCGUCCCGCCGUCUGGUCUUAUCGGCUCAUUCGCUUUCGGCAACCCGGCCUAGGGCAUGGCAUUCUGUGCUUCCGGGAUGCUGCUUGGAUGCAGAAAUGGCGUCGCACCUUGCCCGUGGAUGCCAAUCUCGACGUGGUUGUUUCAUCCCCUAAUUCUUGCUCAGCCAGCAGCUGUUAUCUUUUUUUGUGGCCUGAUCGGCGCAGUCUUGCUGGCGUGGCUGGCAAGCUCACCGUGCUGGUCAUCUCGAUCCCUACCGUGCCAACUGUUCUCUCUUGACCCCUCCGUGUUUUUCACAUGCAUCCAGCGCCGAUGCGGGACAAUUAUUCAUGUCUGUUACCUCGCAGCUGCCUCGCGGAGUAUGGGCGCCAGGUGGUUCUGGAUAUCGUUGCUACACGCAUUCCACAUUCACACGCGCAGAACCGCAGAGAGCACUGGCCCGGAUGAAGUCAUCGACAAGGCCGUGCUGCUUCUCUCAACCGCGACUUACGCGGUCCGAGAACCCGUUCAGGUUGAACUCUAACCCAUUAUCAAGCGCCAACGCGGGUGCCCCAACCAAACGCGCGAUGAUGACAGCCGUCCGGAGGAAUCACGGCCGUAAUUACAUCAAGACCGAACAUCCGACUCGCAGCGGGACGCCUACGUAUAUUGCUGAGCUUUAACAUGUGCUAUCUAGGAGAAAUCGAGAAGUUAAUCUAUGUAUGAUAUCGCAGUUUGCAUCUUAACACUUUGGGUGCUUUUUGGAAGCACAUGGAAAUUGGAGUUCACCCAAGCCGGGCGUCGAUGCGCCUUUCUCAGGCGGCAUUCAAUUGACAGCCAACCAGGCUUCUCGCACUCUUCUCCCACAGCCUUACCACCUCGUCUCCGCGAGAGCCUGCGUGACAACGUGGCGGUGCCCAACUGGCCAGCAUGAAAAGCCGUCGUCUGCUUUCUUGAUGGUCAGGCUUUCCGCCAGGCUUUUUCUGGCCGUGAGGCAUCCAUCGCAAACGGUAGCACAUGACAAAAAUGUGGUUGCCUGCUCCGGAUCCCAACUCGAAUUGCAUCGGUGAACCCCUUCUCUGAUAACAAGCGCUCAUGGUGAAGUCAGCGCCAUGUACAUGCACGCCGACAUACUCGCUCUCGGCCGGAUUGUGUACAAGCUACAAAAGGCAGCCGAACGCUACAUAAAAGCCCCUGAGCAAAUUGCUGCGCAAAGGCAGGAUGUCGAAUUUUUCAAGCGACAGCUUGGGCCGUACGUGGAGGAAAGCAGCAGCUUGCCUGCGGAAUCGAAGGAACUCGCCAGGGCGUGCCUCGAAGUGGUGGACGAAAUCAAGGAACAUCUCGACAGUAUCGAAUCCCGCGGGCCAGGACUAAUUGGGCUCCUAAGGCAACAUUACAGGCGGGCACAGUUUGACCCAGCAGGGUUGAAAACGCCGUGGAAGCGAGCGGAAAGGCGCCUCUCCUGGUUGCAGGAAGAAGUCAGACAGUCACAAGAGAUUCGCAAACAAAUCGCCGAGAUCUGGCCGGGUCCUCAUUAUGCCCCGUCCACGGGUCUUGAUGGGACUUUUGGGCACAUCCUCGGCUCGGCAGCCGUGGAAAAGUGGAGGAGGGAACAAGGCCAAGUGCUUCUCCUUUACGGGGAGCAAGGCGCGGGAAAGACGACUCUCAUGGCCAAGCUGGCGAAGCAUCUGGAAGCACACGCCCAAGACCGCGAUAUUGCCAUUGUCUCGCUGUUUUUCCGCGCUGGCGAGAAGCAAGACCUAGGGUCCCUAGACGACAUCAUGCGAGCUAUUCUCUGCCUACUAUCCAGCAGGAGUCCUUCCAUAUUCAUCAAGCCGAGCGCCGACCUUGUGCCACGAACUCUCGCCGGGUUGAAAGGACCCCGUCUGUUUGACGCGGUCAGCUCGGCCACCGAGCGCUUCAAAAAGGUCUACCUGCUAUUCGACGGCAUAGACGAGUUUGGCACAGGCUUCGCCGAUGUUAGGAGCCUGCUUGCCUGGUCGAUCAAGCUGCCUCAGAGACUGCCCAGCGUUAAUCUGGUGCUCGCUUCCCUGGAUCAGCCUGAGAUCAUGCAGACUAUGGGUGCAUGGCCCAGCCUCGAAAUCCAAGCGAGCCAGGCGGACAUGGAUACGUACAUUCAAGAUCGCGCCUCCGAUCUGUCUUCUGACAUCUUGACAGAGGGACUUAACAUCCAAAAGGUCGCCGAGACUGUGUGGAAGGUGUCGGGAAGAAACUUUCUUAUUGCGAAAUUCCUCUUCCAUAUACUGAGAUCCAUGGACUCGAUCUAUGAGUUCGCGGAUGUUUUGAAGGGGAUCUCGUCUGGGAGGCUAUCUGGGCUCCGAGACUUAGAUGGAGCUCUUCGACGUGCAUUCGGCUGUCUCUUAUCGAAGCUUGAAAGCCGCGACCCGUUGGAGACGGGGCGUGCUAUCAAGGCGAUGCUAUGGAUACUUCUAGCGCAACGCCCUCUGGACCGCGACGAACUCUGUCACGCCCUGGAGCUGAUGGGCGGCAGAAGGGGUACACUAUCCAUCGACAAACUGGUCCGGGACGCACGUGGUUUCUUAAUUGAACGCCGCGACAUUCACAUCCCGGAGCAAAGAGCGGUUCAGAUUUCCCAUCGGAGCAUCCGAGCGUUCCUUAACCUGGAGUGGGAGAACAAGUUCCCAGGCGCGCAAGCGGACAUUACCAAAGCCCUGAUAAAAUGCCUCAAGCUGGGAGAGGAGGGGACUGGUGCCUACAGUUAUGCCGCUAAAAACUGGGCCACUCACUUCGCGAUGGCUGCCGCUGACGAGAGCCUGUUCAUGGAUGUCAUGAGUUUCCUACGCCACCGCCCGAACGUCUGCAAGGCCUGGAAGCACUUUGGGUCCCCGAGCUGGCCGCCGUUCCGGGGGGAGUACAAGCGCUUAACGGGCCUGCACUUGGCCGCCUAUUUCGGCCUCCGCCAUCAUCUCGAGGCCUUGGCGAAGGAGGAGAGCGUCAACACCCAGGACGAUCACGGAGCCACCCCACUGCUAUGGGCAGCCGUGGGCGGUCAAGAAGAAGCCUUGAUGUGGCUCCUGGAAUAUGGCGGAGCAAAGCCGGACAUCCACGACGCGCUCCAGAGGAAGCUUCUACACCAUGCCACCACCCGCAGAUGGGGGCGCGCGCUUAGGCUUCUUCUCGAGAAAGGAGCUCCGGCAGCUAUGGUGGAUUGUGGCAAUAUGACAUUGCUUCAUCACGCCGUGUAUGAUGGGUGGAUGCUCGGCAUUGAUCUCUUCCUCGAAGCCGGACAUGCCAUCGACGCACCAGUCCGACUCCGAGAGGGCUACUACUUGGAUCAGACGCAGGGGUGUGCAUGGGACUUGCAGCGCGAACUAUGCGAUUCCGACAGUAAGGGUGGCAGCACUGGACUCACGCCACUUCAUUACGCAGCAUUUACAGGGAGGGCUGACAUGGUCGAGUUCCUCUUGGAAAGGGGGGCAAAUCCGGCCGCGAGGACAGAAUGCGGGGAAACAGCUCUUCACCUGGCAAUCUCACAGGAAGUUAUACGACCCGGCAUGGAACAAACGGCAAUCUCGCAGGCAAGCAUACGACCUCGCAUUGAACGGAGACAGCGCAGAAACAUUCUCUUCCCCGAAGUCAAAGAGUGUGCCAAAAUAUAUAGGUACAUGUGUAUUACCAACGAGGAUUGGAAAACUCUCGAGACGCACAUGAGGGAUCUCGUAGAGAAACCAGAUGACUACGAGAACGGAGUUUGGGACGAGAAGAUGCAAUGGAUGAAGGAAGAGAGAUACCGACUUGUCGAGAUGCUUGUGUGCCACGCGAAGACGGACGUCAACGCGGCCGACAUCGACGGGUGGCAGCCGCUCCACGCGCUGCUGCACGACGGGGGGGAUUGCGAGAGAGUCGCCCGCAUGCUGCUCGACCACGGCGCGGACGUCUCUGGACGAAACCACGACGGCCAGACCCCGCUGUUGAUGGCCUGCUUGAGGGGCAGUGCCGAGCUUGCGCGCCUGCUGCUGGACAGGGGGGCAGACGUCACGGAGACGGACGCGCAAGGGAGGAACGUGCUGCACUAUGGGGCCUACAGGCUCGCGCAGGGGAUUCUCGAGAUUUGCGAGUCGCAAAGUUCCGGGCUGUUCCAACGCCGGGACAAGCGUGGCCGCAACAUGCUGCACCACAUGUGCACGUCCUCUCGCUGGCUCUCCAUGCUCCCAAGAAUGUGUGCUGGUGGAGCAGGAAUCAACGACACGGACGACAACGGCUUGACUCCGCUGAUGGUAUUCUGUGCGGAGAAUUCCCUCCCCUUCUUUACCAGCUGUUCGGUCGACGAUCUGACGGUUUUCCGAAAAAAUGGCGCCGACAUGUUGCUUCGAGACCACGUGAACCGAACCGCAGUUUUCUACUACGCUGGGACUUCACACGCCAACGUCGAAGGCUUGGAACUAUUUCGAGACGCUGGUGCUCAACUCGACAUGGUGGAUUGCAAGGGCUGGACGCUACUGCACUUCAUCGCAGAUAGUGGAUAUUUGACGCAAGCUGUCCUGGAUUUCCUUUUGGGCGAAGGAGUAGGACUGUCACUAGACACUCCUGACAAGUCGGGAAUGACGCCUCUGGAUAUUGCCGUGAAGUGGAGGGACACUAUACGCCGGGGCGACUACUGGGGGCUUUUUCAGGGCGGCCGUUGGGAGUUGGUUGUGGAAAUGAUGGAACGGUGGAAUGGGCUGCAUGGGAUCGGCCGGGACUAGGAUCCCGCCGUCAUUAACUCGUCUAUUAUAUUUCCUUAUCACACCUUCACUUUCCUUGGGUGUCAUGGCGUGCACUUGGAUCGACAGCAUUACGUAAUCGCAAUUUGUACUUUCCA